AUGUCGAAGCAACUGAAGCAGCAUUUGAUUCGUCGGAACAACAUUUUGGGUUCCCUAAAGUUGAUUCACCAUUACGACGAUAAUUUUGUGUUCGAUAGGGAUUUCCCCCAACUCAAAUUUCGCCUCGAGAAACUGGAUCAUCUUUGGGAUGAAUUCAACGAGGUGCAAGCUGAAAUUGAGUUUAGCCAACCCUUGACCGACGAGCCUGACGCUGUUAGGACUCAAUUUGAAAACGACUACUUUGAGCUGAAGGGAGCUCUCUCGUCGAAAUUGGAAAUCGCCACACAGAACACUCACGCGCCUCCCUCCCCCAUUGCUCCACCUGCAUUUCAUUCCUCCGUCCGGCUCCCCGAAUUGAAAAUCCCUGAUUUCCACGGGGAUUAUGAUGAGUGGUUGAACUUUCACGAUCUGUUCAACUCACUUAUUCAUUCGAACCACCAUUUGUCGUCGGUGCAGAAGUUUCAAUAUUUGAAAUCUGUGCUGAAAGGGGAUGCUGCGCGGCGCAUUCAGAAUUUGGAUGUGAACACGGCAAACUACACGAUCGCGUGGAACAUUGUGAAGAAAAAGUACGAUGAUAAGAAUCUGCUCCUGAAACAGCACUACAUGGCGCUGUUAUCUAUUCCUUCUGUUCACAAAGAAUCGUCGACAGCGCUCUCGGAACUCGCUGACGAAUUUGAGAAGCGCGUUGGCGUGCUUAACAAGCUUGAAGAGUCCAAAGAUCACUGGAACUCGUUCCUCGGCACCCUUCUCAGCAUCAAGCUUGAUCCUGGAACCCAGACGGCGUGGGAGCACAGCUUGGAGGACGACCAGAAAUCUACUUACCCUGAUCUGAUUGCAUACAUCCUCAAGCGCUCUCGCACGUUACAAUCUCUAAAGCUCUCCCAAACUUCGCAACACGGCACAAAACCCGAACCCAAGGUCGAACACAAAUCCACUCGCUCGAAGACCUCAGCGUACCACUCUACCAACACUAGUGAUACGCUAUCCCAGUGCAAGCUGUGCAAGCAAGAGCACAUGCUGCACCAGUGCGAUGAAUUUAAGAAGCUUUCGCCACAAAACCGCUUCGACGUUGCCAAAAAGCACGGUCUCUGCUUGAACUGCUUAAAGGCAAACCAUAUGAUGAAAGCAUGCACUGCGGGUUCGUGCCGAACGUGUAACAAACGCCACCACACACUGUUACACCUGAACACAGCUGCCGCCGACAAACCAACGGCCUCAGCUGUACAAGUUGCCCACUGUCAACAAUCCUCACGAUUGGCUUCGGUCGUCGAGUCUCCGUCGUCGGUUACGUACACUGCCGAGCAGUGUCACGUGGUCCCUCGGGAAAUGGGAUCGGCCCCGUCGCCGUCGGUUGGGCAAUGUCUUUCGCGUUCGUUCGUUCCGUCGUCGGUCUCGCACGCAGUACCGUCAGGGUCUCACAACUCGCAAGUGACUCACAGCCAAGCAGUCACUCAAACCCACUCGUUCGUCUCGAAGGCUGGUCAAGCUGUCGUCUUUAUGCUGACCGCCUACGUUAGAGUGAUGUGUGCAGAUGGCACACACAUCCAUGCUCGAGCCCUGUUGGAUUGCGCCUCCGAAGCUAAUUUCGUAACCGAAUCUCUCGCGCAGGCUCUGCGGUCGAAACGCAAACCCGCAAACGUCGAUGUGUACGGUAUCAGUCAAACUGUCAAGAAAGUGAAGCACCAAACCACUAUCACUGUUUCGUCUCGUGUGGGCCCGUACACUACAAGCAUGGACUUUCUGAUUCUGCCCUCCCUAACCAGAAUCCUUCCCACUACCAACGUGGAUGUUUCGAAGUGGGUCAUUCCUCGCCACCUCCCACUUGCCGAUCCAAAAUUCAACAUCGCUCAUGACGUCGACAUGAUCAUUGGCGUCAAGCACUUUUUCGCCAUCCUGCAGGGUGAACAACUUUCGAUUGGAUCUGGCCUACCAACACUACGCAACACUGUCUUUGGAUACGUCGUCGCUGGCGACACGGAUGCACCUGCACAACAAUCCGUAACUUGCAACGUUACUGCUGUCGAACGGCUGGAAGCUGCAGUUCGCAAGUUCUGGGAGGUGGAGAGCUUUGAGACAGGGAAGGCCCUGUCCCUCGAGGAACGGUAUUGCGAGAAUCAUUUUGUGAAGACCCACACUAGAGCCCCUGACGGUCGGUACGUGGUUCGUCUGCCAAUUCGUGAGGAGUUGCGAUCUAGUUUGGGAGAGUCGAUUGCGGUCGCUCAACGCAGAUUCUUUAGUACUGAGAGGAAGUGCACGUCGAACCCGGAGCUGAACAAGGAGUACUCAAAGUUCAUGGCGGAGUACGAACAGCUCGGGCAUAUGGAAGAGGUCACCCCAGAUCUCAGCAAGCCUCACUUCUACACGGAGAAAAAAGCAUCGUCAAACAACAUCUCGCUCAACGAUCUAUGCUACAUUGGACCUACGGUGCAACCACCACUCUUGGACACCAUUCUGCGAUUUCGUCUGCCAAAGUACGUCGUCACUGCCGACGCGGAGAAAAUGUACAGGCAGGUACUCGUCCAUCCGGACGAUCGGCCGUUGCAGCAGAUUCUAUGGCGAUCUACCCCGAACGAGGACCUGAAGACGUAUCAGUUGAACACUGUUACCUACGGUACCGCCCCCGCGCCGUACCUCGCCACCCGCGUCCUGAACCAGCUGGCCGACGACGAGGCAGAAAACUACCCCCUCGCUGCACCUCAAGUCAAGCGAUCGUUUUACGUGGACGACUACCUAUCGGGUGACAACGACGAGAACCGCUUGAUGGAAACUAAUCGUCAACUCAUCGGACUUCUUGGAUCUGGCGGUUUCACCAUGCGCAAGUGGUGCAGCAACAGCUCUCGCGUUCUGUCUCACAUUCCCGAGGAACUCCGAGAUCCCCGAACCGAGUUGGAGCUCAGCGAAUCCGGAUCGAUCAAGACGCUCGGCCUUCUGUGGCAGCCGGUGCCUGACCACCUCAGCUGCAAGGUUCCCGAAUACAACUCGACGGAGCCAAUCACGAAGGCACUCAUUCUCUCGGAAUUGUCGCAGUUGUUCGACCCAACUGGUAUGGCAGGACCAGUCAUUGUUCGAGCAAAAAUGUUUCUCCAAUCGCUGUGGGAAAAGAACUUCGGGUGGACCCAAGAGCUGCCAGAGGAGUAUCAAGAAUGGUGGAAGCAGUACAGAAUCGAAAUUCGCGUCCUCAGCAUGCUCAAAAUCCCUCGCCGAGUUCUAAUCGAUCACUCAGUGGUCAUCGAGCUACAUUGUUUCUCGGACGCGUCCGACAAGGCGUACGGCGCGUGUGUCUACGUGAAGUCAACCAACUCGUACGGCAGGUCGAAGGUCAACCUGCUCAUUUCGAAAUCUCGCGUCUGCCCUAGGCGCAGAUUAACGAUCCCCCGUCUCGAGCUGUGCGCAGCUCUGCUGGGGGCCCAACUGACCGCAGCUGUCCUGGAAGCCACCAACCUGAGCUGUCCAGUGGUCUAUUGGUCCGAUUCUGCGAUCGUCUUGCAUUGGAUUGCGUCGUGCUCAUCAACCUGGAAGGUGUUCGUCUCGAACCGGAUCGCAGAAAUCCAACGCCUCACGCAGGGCAUGCCCUGGCGUCACAUCCCAACCCACCUGAAUCCAGCAGAUCUGAUUUCUCAGGGACUUCUUCCUUCAGAGCUGGUCGGAUGUGUAUUGUGGGAGCACGGACCAGAGGCCAUCGAGCUGCCCUCUUCGCAUUGGCCCCAAAACUGCAUUGAACUCUCACCAUUACACAUGCAGGCUCGUGACGACGAAGUACGACAAACUGUGUCGGUGCUCACAACAAGCUCUCUCGAAGAUCGCAUCCAAAUCCAAGAUCAUUCCGCACUCUUGCCCCUGCUCCGCUCAGUCUCUUGGAUUCGGAGAUUCACGGACAACUGUCGCAGCCGUCCCGAACAACGACGAAAUGGUUUUCUAAAGUUUCGAGAAAUUGACGACACACUCAAGCUGCUCAUUACACUGACGCAGCGCACCCACUUCGCUCAGGAGAUCAAGCAUCUUCUCAAAAACCCUGGCCCAGUCCGUAAAGACUUCGAUUUCAAAUCCCAAAUCAAGACCUUGAAUCCCUUCAUCGACCCGGAGGGUCUGCUCAGAGUGCACGGCCGGUUGGAAAACAGCAGCUUACCGUUCGACACCAAGUACCCCAUAAUUUUGCCCGCCAAAGCACAUCUGACACAUCUGAUCGCCAAAAAUACCCACUGGGAUACUCUACACUCGGGUCCACAACUGCUGCUAUCGACGCUACGUCAGCGCUACUGGCCGGUCAGGGGGCGAGAUGUUGCGAGGAGAGUCGUCAACGAGUGUCUGGACUGCUUCCACUGCAAGCCAAGAAGCAUUGACCAGAUGAUGGGGCCUUUGCCAGCAGCUCGUCUCGUUCCGUCGCGCGCGUUUGCGAGCAGUGGUGUCGACUACUGCGGGCCGUUCGCCGUAAGGCCACCGAAUCGUCGCGGCGCGUCCGUCAAAGUAUUCGUCGCGAUCGUCGUCUGUAUGUGGUCGAAAGCGGUACACAUCGACAUGGUGUACGACCUCACGUCCGCGUCGUUCAUAAACGUCCUAAAGCGCCUCGUUGGACGUCGCGGCCGCGUGACCGACCUCUACUGCGAUAACGCCCGAACGUUCGUCGGGGCUAAUCGCCACCUGGAGGAACUGCGCCGAGCAUUCGAUGCGAUGCACUCGUCGGAUGCAGUCGCCGCUCACUGCGCAGAGAAGGAUCACCUUCCACUUCAACCCUGCCCGAUCGCCGCACCACGGAGGGCUGUGGGAGGCCGCUGUUAA